CAUGGUACGCUGCUAAUGCGCGAAUGUUCCAAAGAUAAUCGAGUCUUGGCGCAAACGAUUCCUCGGAAACUAGAGUUGCUUUUUACGCGCGUUUCCUAUGCAGCAUCGCGGCAAACGGUGCAUGUUUGGGUUAGGUCUGGGCCAACAAUGACUGCUUCGUCGCAUACCGGUGGAACCGACAUCGACAGGACAAAAGUGGAGACAAGGAGGGUCUAGCUGAAACAGUGGACCAGUGGAUUCGGAACUCAUUGUCAGCCGUCUAGUUAGUCUGGUAGCACGAUAUCGGAGAGAAUAACGAUUAACGAGCGCUUACCGCAAACAGGAUGAGUCGAGGAGGAAUCGAUGGAAUCUUGGCGUUGCGCGAACCACUGUUUAUUCCGUGUAUUUCCUACAAAUAUCUCCGAACGCGUUCAAACGCCGCAUUUUCGUACCGGGAGAAAAAGUAGUUGUGCAAUGCAAGUGUGGUUCCGGGAACUCGGUUGUUCCAAGGUGUAAUCGUGGUGCGAUUAGUGUCCGUCCAAGAGGAGACUUUGGUUGCGCGAAGGCCUCUCGGUUAAAUUCUGAUCGUGCUUGUGUAAUCGAGUAACCGGUUAAAAGUUCAAAGUUACGGUCACGUCACGGUCGCGAUGGUGUGUUUCAAUAAUCCUGAAUGGAUAGCUAGAACGAAAUUCUGUGAUUUUUCCAUGGUUACCAAACCCUUUUCGUGUUUGGCAACGACAUUUUCGAUCACCUUGGGUACAGUCGUACAGUGACACUCUCGAAGGGAAGUUUAUUCGAAACACUCGGAAUAGUAGUCGAAUACGACAAAGAAGAGUUUUGAAAACAAUUUUCUUAAAAAAAAAAAAGGGCUAAAACGUACGUUAUCGCGCGAAACGGCGUGUGAGAAAUUUCAAAAGGAAAUUGAUUAAAGUCUCGAACGAGUCGGAAUCGUCGUUUGAUGAAAAUUUUCGACUACCACGAAAGAGAUGGUUUAACGUGACGCGCCCCAAGCCCGAAUAAAGAUAAAAGCUCACGUGAACGUAUCGGACCGGACUCGCUGCAGACGACGUCGGGACAAUGUAGCUCACGACGCGACGCGACGCAACGCGACGCGACGCGACGGAUAUCCGGCAGGAGCCUGGGAAUAAUUCGUGGCAGUCGAGUGCCGAGAAAAGUUCGAGGAAAGCUCCGUGCAGUCGGCCCUGGAUGUUUUGACGUUAAGUGGCGCCUAGGGUGCCGAGGUGGGGGGCGCUUGGUCUUGCUGCCUGCCGUGCGCCGGUGGCGGCGGGGGUGGGGGUGGUGCAGCUGUCUCGGGGGCCACCCCCGAGGCCAGGAAAGCCUCCACCGGCCACAAGUACCAACAACAGCAGCAGUCGAGUCACCAGCAACAACAGCUGUUGCAGCAGAAGCAACAGGAGAAGCAACAUCAGCAACAGCAACAGCACCACCACCUCCACCACCACCAUCACCACCACCAACCGAAGAAGGUUUCCGUUGUUCGAGAGAGCGAGUUGGCGCCUCUGAGCAACCUCGACGAAGAUCUAGACGGUCUCGACGAUGAAAAGAGGUUAGAACUUGUACGAACGGAAGAGGAGGAUUUCGCAAAGGAGGGUGGUACUCAGCAUCGACUGAGCCCCAGGCUGCACGACAUCGAGGAAGAGGAUGACGAGGACGGCCGUAACGUCAGAGAGAGGCCGUACCAGAAGAAAUCGCCAACCCCAAGCGGUGGCGGUGGCAGCAGCAGAACGGGUUGGCGAUCGCGCAGAAGCAUCACGACAGCAGGUGCACCGAUACACCAGCACCACGUGAUCGCCAGUGCAGCGGCAACUGCACAGGCCAAGAUGCAGGCCGAACAAGGAAGCAUCGGUGAGCUGCGCGGCUACCACAACCUCAGAUCACGGAGACACACUUUAGCCAACGUUCGUUUCGAUGUGGAAAAUGGCGCCUCGACGCUGGAUGGCGGUGCCGGAGGAGGUGGUGGUGCCUCACCGAGCGCAGGCCUCGUUCUCCAAACUCUGCCACAAAGAAGAGAGAGCUUCCUCUACCGCAGCGACAGCGAUUUCGAGAUGUCACCGAAAUCGAUGUCUCGAAACAGUUCGAUCGCUAGCGAAAGGUUCAAAGAGACCGAGCUUCCUGUUGAGCGAGCGAUAUUUACCGAUCAGUUUAGCCAUGGCGAGGAGCUCAUCGUCACGCCAUUCGCGCAGAUCCUCGCGUCUCUGCGCUCGGUCAGGAACAACUUUGCGUCGCUCACAAAUGUACCCCCGAACAAAUCACGGAGAAGUAGCGCGGCGCAAGGGAGUAGCACGCCGCAAGCACGAAUACUGGCGCCAGGGGAGGAGCCCUAUCAGAAGCUGGCGGUGGAAACGAUGGAGGAGUUGGACUGGUGUUUAGACCAGCUGGAAACCAUUCAGACGCAUCGAUCCGUGUCUGACAUGGCCUCCCUCAAGUUCAAACGUAUGCUGAACAAGGAACUCUCCCACUUCUCGGAGUCUUCAAAAUCUGGCAACCAAAUAUCAGAGUACAUCUGUAGUACCUUUCUUGACAAACAACAGGAGUUGGACCUACCGUCCUUGAGAAUCGAAGAUGCAGUUGCAGCUGCAGGCAGCGCAGAUGCACGAGCGGCGAAGAAGAAGGAUCGCGCGGAGAGAGGUCCAGCCGCCAUGUCCCACAUAAGUGGCGUUAAACGACCACUCACGCACACAAACAGCUUCACGGGAGAACGUGUACCACUUUACGGCGUUGAAACACCUCACGAAGAAGAACUUGGCAAGCUUUUGUCAGACAUCGACAAGUGGGGCAUCGACAUCUUCAGGAUAGGCGAGCUGAGCAGCAACAGACCGCUGACCUGCGUCGCAUACACAGUCUUCCAGAGGCGAGACCUGCUGAAAUCGCUAGGCAUACCGCCGAAGACCUUCGUAACCUUCAUGAUGACCCUCGAGGAUCACUACGUCAAGGACAAUCCCUUCCACAAUAGCCUCCACGCGGCCGACGUGACCCAAUCAACCCACGCUCUGCUCAAUACGCCCGCACUCGAGUCCGUGUUUACGCCACUGGAAAUUACGGCAGCUCUGUUCGCGGCCACCAUUCACGACGUGGAUCAUCCAGGACUCACCAAUCAGUUCCUCAUCAAUUCGAGUUCCGAGCUCGCGCUGAUGUACAACGACGAAUCCGUUUUGGAGAAUCACCACUUGGCGGUAGCGUUCAAGCUCCUCCAGAACGAGGGGUGCGACAUAUAUGUGAGCAUAACGACGAAACAACGUCGCACUCUUCGCAAGAUGGUCAUCGACAUGGUUCUGUCGACGGACAUGUCCAAGCACAUGUCUUUACUGGCGGACUUGAAGACCAUGGUGGAGACGAAGAAAGUGGCCGGUUCCGGUGUUCUCCUCCUGGACAAUUACACGGACCGUAUUCAAGUUCUGGAGAACCUGGUGCAUUGUGCCGACCUGUCCAACCCUACUAAACCGUUACCCCUUUACCGGCGGUGGGUCAGCCUGCUGAUGGAGGAGUUCUUCCUCCAAGGAGACCGCGAACGAGAACUGAACAUGGACAUCAGUCCGAUGUGUGAUCGGCACAACGCGACGAUCGAGAAGUCGCAGGUCGGAUUCAUCGAUUACAUCGUUCAUCCUUUGUGGGAGACCUGGGCGGACCUGGUGCAUCCCGACGCACAAGAAAUUCUAGACACUCUCGAAGAUAACCGCAGCUCCUAUUUGUCGAUGAUCCCUCCGUCACCGCCGUCCGACGAUCAACAUCAAGGAAACGAACAGCAAUCUGAUCGGAUACACUUCCAGGUGACAUUGGAAGAGGGUGACGAAAGCGGCGACGCCACAGAGACGGGUGAUACCGGUGGACUGGGUGAAACUACCCUGCCUAGCGAGGAAGGGGGCGGUGAGACGGAUGAGAACGCUGCCGAGGCUGGAAUGUGACGGAGGCUCGCGGGUAUUUGCAGAAAGAUCCACGAGAAGGUGCAGCAGACCUGGUGGCGCGUACGUCAGUGACAGCUGGUUCGUUGUCGCCGGCCGGGUCUCUUUGCGUCGACCUACUGACUUUUGGCCAAGCUCCACUCCCUGGAACGAUGGAAGAAACGUUCCCCGUUGGGACGAAGCGAGCAAGGAUACGAUGGAAACGUCUAGUCGCUGCUAGUUUGGAUCUGGACGACGCAGAGGCUCUUUUUUCCGAUGCGUCGGGAACGAGAAGAGCAGAAAAAGAUAGAAGGAAAGAAAGAAAGAAAGGAAGGAAGGAAGGAAA